AAGUAUACCCCUUAUGAUGAAUGAAUGAACGAACGAGAAAUGUAGACAUAUGUAUAAAAUCAAUUUGUAAAAUAUUGUAACUAUGAAAAUUUCUUUAUUGUACCUAUUCAAAAUCGAGAAAAUAAUCGUUCUCUGUCUUUUAUUAUUUCGCCAUUUUUACAUUAAGCUGAAACUUCACACAUAUUUAGUCUAGAUGGGAAAAUAAACUACAUACAGAUAAACGAAUGAAAUUGAUCAAAUAUAAUAUAUAAAAUGUAACGCCUAUUAAUAGCUAAAAAACAACGCCAGAUAUCGUUUUAGUGUAGAAGAAAAUUUUUGCAUAGACUUCUUACAUAGAUUUUGUAAAGACGUUCGGUGCGAUAACAUGUAGAUUGUGCAAUAGUAACACGUAGUUAUAAAAAAAAUAUAACUUGGUCAUUUAUUAACGGAUUUUAAUUUUGUUUUCAGAUUUAUUUUGAUCUUUAUUUAUAUUACAUUGUGUUAAAUAUAAUAAUAUGAACUUCAUUAAACUUCUUCAUGAGGAAGUAUUUUAAGAAAAAAAGAAAGAACUAAAAAGCACUAGAAAUGAAUGGACCAAAGAUAUUCAGUUCCCUUCCUUUCAACUAAGUUUGUAACUAAGAUAUUAAUACAAAUAGAAUAUGAGUUGUUUAUUUAGUUUUGAAUAUUAAUUUAUUUCUAUACAUGUAAGAAAACCGGAAGAGUUGUCAUGGAGAAAUCAAGAAAGUACCUAGUUUGAUUACGGGAACUUAUUUUUUUUUAAUAUCAUUUUUUUAAUAUUUUUGCUGAUCAGAAACUAACUGUAUAAACAUUAUGAUACAUUAUACUUACUUAAGUAAUCGGAGUUAUCUAGAAUCGAAAACGAAGUAGGUACGAAAAUAGGAUUAAUCCAGAAUUUGUCAAAUUUGUGAUUUUGCAAAACAAAUUCUGUUUUUCUUUUAAUGAAAAAAAAAGAACGAUUUUAUAGGAUGAUAAUGUAGAAUACACGAGGUCCCUUUGCCUUCAAUAAAAUAACAAAUGAAUAUAAUCUGUAAAGAAUAUAAAAAUUCCUCGGUAGAACAAAAUUAAAAAUAAAAAUGUCAAAAUAAUUAGACCGCGUCUUUUUUAUUUUCAUUAUAAAAUAAUAAAUCGAAACUACAGCCAUUUGGGGCGCUUGCUCUACCUGUAAUUUGUACUAUUAUGUAAUAAAAUAAUUAUCUUAGAUUUAUUUUACGAUACAAUAUUGAAUUUUGUGACUAAUAAUUAUCUUGCAACAUGGUUCAGGCUGGUGAAGAAAUGGAGCAGCCAGACCUUCCUCAGGCCGUCAAGCUGCUUAAAGAAAUGAACACAAAUAUACAGCAAGUUUCUCAGCUUGUAGACAAUAUGCUUGUAAGAGUGAAAACUGGAGAAUUGACUACAGACAAAGGUUUGAGUUUUUUGGAAAUGAAAUAUCAAAUGCUUUUAAGUUAUCUUAUUAAUUUAACUUACAUUGUACUGCGAAAAUGUUCUGGUGAAAAAAUCGAAUCUGAUCCGUCCAUAGACAGGCUAAUUGAAAUUAGGACUAUCUUGGAAAAGAUUCGACCGAUUGAUUCCAAACUAAAGUAUCAAAUAGACAAACUUGUUAAAACUGCAGUUGUUGGUGUUGUAUCUGAAGAUGAUCCACAAUCAUACCGUGCUAAUCCUGCUAAUCUAGUUAGCAAGAUAAACAGCUCUGAUGAUGAAUCUAGUGAAGAUUCAAGAGAUGAAGAGAAUAUAAAAGAUAAAGGAAAGUCAUCAAAUAUUUAUGUCCCCCCAAAGUUGGCAGCAGUACAUUAUGACGACAGCUCAUCUAGAAUUGAAAAUGAAAAGAAAUCUAAAGAAAGGGCAAAGAAACAAUUCUUAAAUUCUAAUGUUAUGCGUGAACUGCGUGAGGAAUAUUCAGAAGCACCUCUAGAAGUUAGCUCUGGGAAUAAUUUUAAACAAUCUAUUUCUAAAUAUGAACAAGAAAAAACAGAAUAUGAGGAGAAUUAUCUAACACGUUUACCAGUUACGAAAGCUGAGAAAAAUCAACGAAGAAAACUAACAACAGUUGGAAUGUUGGCAGAUGAAGUUACUGGGCAUACUGGAAAUCGCAAACGCAAAAUAAAAUCAAAGAAAGGUAAAGGUUUUAAGAGAAGGCGUACUCAUUGAGUCUAAUUUAGCUUUUUUGUCAUGUUGUCAUUUAUUCUCUAUAAACAUUAACAGCCAUAAAAAGUUUGGUUUAUAAAUAUAAACCAACAUUUUUACAAUUUCCUGCCCUG